UUUUUUUGUUUUUUUGGGUUAUCACAAUAUAUUAAUUUCUAAUAUAAUUUAAGUUAAAAAUAAAAUAUUUUUAAUUAUAAAUUUAAUUAGUAACUAUGUUAAUUAUUAUUUUUAAUUAACAUUUAAAUAUUUUUAUUAAGUAAAAAUAAUAUAAUAUUAUUUUUGUGAUUAACAACAAGCUUGUUCUUAAUAUAUAUUUAAAAUAUAUGAUUGUCAUAUUAAUUUAUGUGAAAAUUAUAUUAUUUAUUAAAUUGGUAUUUUUAUAUUUUUUAAUAUUAAUUUAAAUUAAUAAAUUGUUCUUCUUCUUUAUUCUUGAACUGAAUUAUUAUUAAUCAAUACAUAAUAAAACAAUAUAUAUCUUCUAAUAUACUUUUUAAAAUUAUAAAAUUAUCACUAUUUUUUAAAUAUUUUUUAAAUUAAUGAUAAAAAAGUUAUUUUAAAUUACUUCUCAAAAUUCACUCAAAUCAUUCUUAAAUAAGUAGUUUUGAAAAAUAUGUUUUUAUAAUAAUCUUAUUUUUGGAUAGCUUUUAAAUUUAGAUUUAUAUUAGAUUUCAAUAAUAUGUAUUGCGGUCAAGAAUCAAAUGUCUUUUGUUAAACCGUCCUUUGAUUGCGACCAUUUGAAAGGAAUCAAACAAUAAUGACUUGAUGACUCAGAAUGUAUUUCGAGGGAUCACCUCGAUGCCUAAAUUAAGGAAUGAGAGGUAUACCAAGCGAAGAGUGAGUGAGAAUGAGAUCCUUACUUUCUCCUUGGAUCCCCUUUUUAUAGCGAUGGAGGCGGACCCUCCUUCAGUUUGAUAUUUAUGAAUAUACCAUUUUGUUUAGGGUGUUAUGGAUAACUUAAAGGCCGUUAUACAACAUAUCAAUAACGACAAAUGUACCAGAAGUUAUAGAUAACCUAAGGGCGAUGAUUAUGUGAGUCAUCAAAUAGUGGUCUUAUAACUUUUGAGGCUUACUAAUUCUAUAAGCGCGCGUCUAUCAAUUGUGUGUAUCAAAAUAUAAUACAAAAUUAUAUUAAAAUUUACCUAAAUUCAUCUAAAUUAAAAUUUAAAAUUUAAAAUUCAUACACCCAAAUACAAUAUAAAUAUUUAUUGGAGUGCAAGUUAAAUGCUAUUUUUUGAACAAAUAUAUUUUUUUUAAGUAUUAUAAAUACUUUUCUUAAAAGUGUUUUUAAACGGAGGCUUACACCAUGAUCAUGUUUCUUAAUCAAAACAUCGCAACUUAUCAUGUACCGCCACUCCGCAUCGGCGAUUGUGCCGCAUCGCUUAAAGCCCGUCUGACCGACUGUCCCCUAACCCCCCAUCAUUGAACGCGCGAAACCCUCUCUCUCUCUCUCUCUCUCUCUGGUAGGUGAGCAUGUGAUCCCUUCGUCUGUAGCUAUCAGCCUAUCCCACUUUCAACGACCUUUCAACGAUUGUUUUUUCUUUCAACUUAUGGUCAACUUCAAUAUUUAAAAUUAUAUAUUCUGGAAUACGUGCUCAUUUUGCCACAGAUUUUGAUGAGGAUAGACAAAAACUACUGUCAGAAACAUUCAUGGGCCAAGGGCCAAAAGAGAUAAUGUUCUAAUAUGGGAGUAGUGGUUUGAGGGUGGACGGUAGUCAGGAGAAGGAAAAUGAAAAUGGGAAGCGUCGGAAAUGGGAAAGCAGCGCUGAUACUAUGCGGGGAGUACAUGGAGGACUAUGAAGUGAUGGUGCCGUUUCAAGUGCUUCAGGCCUUCGGCGUCACCGUCCAUUGCGUCUCUCCCGGCAAGCCUCCCGGCCACAAAUGCCUCACCGCCGUCCAUGACUACAUGGGUUUUCAGCUAUACACAGAGCUGCAAGGCCAUACCUUCACGCUCAACUCCAACUUUGACGACGUCAAACCGGAGUCAUACGACGCUCUCAUCGUCCCCGGCGGCCGCUUCACAGAGCCGCUCAGCGCGGACCCUCAAGUUCUAAGCAUGGUGUCUAAAUUCGCGGCGGCCGGAAAGCCCAUCGCCACCAGCUGCCACAGCCAGCUCCUCCUGGUCUCGACGGGGCUCCUGAAAGGCCGGAAGUGCACUGCAUUUCCGAGCAUGAAGCCGGUGAUGGAACUCGCCGGCGGCGUUUGGUCUGACCAGCUCUUGGGAACCCACUGUGGCCUCCCCAUUCCCGCAAGCGUUCUGGACGGGAAUAUCUUGACUUCCAUCGGAUGGCCUGCGCACGCCGAUUACCUCCAUUUUCUCCUCGGGUCGAUGGGCGCCACAAUUCUGAGAUCUACCACUAACAAUUCCGUGCUUUUUCUAUGUGGGGACUAUGUGGAAGAUUACGAGAUAAAUGUGCCGUUCCGGGCACUGGGAGGUCUGGGAUGCAAGGUGGACGCAGUUAGCCCGGGGAAGAAGAAAGGGGAGAGUUGCGUGACGGCCAUCUUCGACGACGACAUGGGAGCUGCUGCUGGCGACGUCUGCACCGAGAGGCGAGGCCACAAUUUCGCCGUCACCGCCGAUUGGGAUGACGUUUCCGUCGACGACUACGACUGCGUGGUUGUGCCGGGAGGGAGGUCGCCAGAGUGGCUGAUCUUGAACGACAAGGCGAUUCCACUUGUGGUGCAAUUUGCGCGCAAGGACAAGGUCGUGGCUGCAAUCGGGCAGGGCACUUGGCUCCUCGCUGUUGCUGGUCUUUUGAAGGAUAAAAGAUGUGCCGGUAGCCUCGGGAUGCAAGCUAUUAUCAAGGCGGCAGGCGGGGAAGUAGAGAAAUCUACAGCAUGCUCGACUCAUGGCAAGCUUAUCACUGCGACUGGAUGGCUUGCGCUCCCUACAUUCAUCUCCCAGCUUUCCCACCUCCUUGGUUUCUCUGUUGUCUUUUGAUGAUAUAUAUGUGUGUGUAUGUGGGUGAUAUUUUUGUGUAACUCUAUGUGCUGAUUUUCAACAAACUUAUUUGAAAGGAAUUGAAGAUAAGAACCUUGAGAAUC